AUGGCUGAUUCCCUGAACAUGAACGGUCUCACUCUGAACGAAUCCAAGCAUGCUCCCGGCAAUCCCAUCCAGGCUCGUGCGUACAUCCCUCCUCAUCUUCGUGGCCAGAGCAAUCGUGGUCCCCCUGUCAUGGGUAUGGACGGGGCCGGUCCUGCACCAGCACCGACACCUGCGCCUAAUGGCGAAACUCAAGGAUUGAAUGGAAGUGCCUGGGCUACCAACACUCAAAGCAAUGGCAGCUGGGCGGCUGCUCCCGACUUCAAACCUGGUCCUGGUGGUGCCCCCGCUCCUCAACCAAAUGGCUGGGGUGCCGGUCACGCUCCUCGUCCCUUCAACCCGAACGCCUAUGGUGCUCCUGGUGGCGGUCAUAGCGGUGGUGGUCACAGUGGAUAUGGCGGAAACUAUGGUGGCAACGCUGCUCGCGGUUCAGGAGACGGUCAAUGGAGAGAUGGUCAACACAUUGCUGGCCCCCCCAACCCGAAAAUUGAACGUGAACUGUUUGGCACUCCCAACGACCCGACAAAAGCUCACACUGGAAUCAACUUUGCCAACUAUGACGACAUCCCUGUUGAGGCUAGUGGCCACGAUGUCCCGGAACCGGUCAAUGCCUUCACCAACCCUCCUCUUGAUGACCACCUUUUGGGCAACAUCAAGCUCGCACGAUACACUACCCCAACGCCUGUACAGAAGUACUCAAUCCCCAUUGUGAUGGGUGGGCGAGACCUGAUGGCUUGUGCCCAGACUGGUUCUGGCAAGACUGGUGGUUUCUUAUUCCCUAUCCUGUCACAGGCGUUCCAGAACGGCCCCUCUGCCACGCCUGCCAGUGGUGGUGGCUUCCGCCAACGAAAGGCUUUCCCGACGUCUCUGAUCUUGGCUCCCACCCGCGAACUAGUCUCGCAGAUCUACGAUGAAGCACGAAAAUUCUCUUACCGUUCCUGGGUCAGACCCUGCGUGGUUUAUGGUGGUGCCGACAUUGGAACCCAACUUCGCUCUAUUGAACGAGGUUGUGACUUGCUUGUUGCUACCCCAGGUCGUCUCGUCGACCUCAUAGAGCGAGGUCGCAUCUCCCUGGCAAACAUCAAGUACUUGGUUCUCGAUGAGGCUGAUCGUAUGCUUGACAUGGGUUUCGAGCCCCAAAUUCGUCGCAUUGUGGAGGGUGAGGAUAUGCCUUCGGUCCAAAACCGCCAGACUCUCAUGUUUUCUGCCACUUUCCCCCGCGACAUUCAAAUGUUGGCCAGAGACUUCCUCAAAGACUACGUCUUCCUGUCAGUUGGUCGAGUGGGCUCGACAUCCGAGAACAUCACGCAGAAGGUUGAAUACGUCGAAGACAACGACAAGCGUUCCGUCUUGCUCGACAUCCUCCACACUCACCGAAAUGGUCUUACUUUGAUCUUCGUUGAGACUAAACGAAUGGCCGAUACUUUGUCCGACUUCUUGAUCAACCAAGGCUUUCCAGCUACUGCAAUCCAUGGCGAUCGUACGCAGCGUGAGCGUGAGAGGGCCCUCGAGUUCUUCCGAAAUGGCAGGUGCCCAAUCAUGGUUGCUACAGCUGUUGCUGCUCGUGGACUCGAUAUUCCAAAUGUUAUGCAUGUCAUCAACUACGACCUGCCGACUGACAUUGACGACUAUGUUCAUCGAAUUGGUCGUACCGGUCGUGCUGGCAACACCGGUCUGUCGACUGCUUUCUUCAAUCGCGGCAACCGAGGCAUUGUCCGUGAUCUCAUUGAGCUUCUCAAAGAGGCAAACCAAGAACUCCCCAGCUUCUUGGAGAACAUAGCGCGUGAGAGCUCUGGUUUCGGCGGUGGUCGCGGAGGACGUGGUCGCGGUGGUGCGGGCCGUGGUGCUUCCGCCACACGUGACAUGCGUCGUGUGGGCGGUGGUAUGGGCGGCGGUCCUCCUUCCUACAGCGGCGGCUACGGUGGUAGUAACUACGGCGGCAGCAGUGGUGGUGGUGGUGGCAGUGGUGGUUACUCCGGCGGGGCACCCUAUGGUGGUGGGGCCUAUGGUGGCGGAUACAGCGGCGGCAGCAGUGGAGGAGGGUAUGGCAACCCAGGAGGUGCCACAGGCCCUUCUUCUUGGUGGUAA